CUAGGAAUCAAUGGGAAAAACAUAUUCACUCCUCAGGUGAGGAUUUGAAAAAAAAGGUAGCAAAAGGAACCAUCCAAGUUUUCAAAGAAUAAUACAGCUUUCCCAGCCACUUUGCAUCUAUAUAUUAGUUUUUGCCCUAUCAUCACCAGAUCAAGGAGGAGGGUUAAACAGUUUAAGAUGAGAAAAGUUGAUCUCUGUUUGAGCUCUGAAGGGACGGAAGUGAUUUUAGCUACAUCAAGUGAUGAAAAACACCCCCCUGAAAAUAUAAUUGAUGGGAACCCAGAAACAUUUUGGACCACCACAGGAAUGUUUCCCCAAGAGUUCAUUAUUUGUUUUCACAAACGUGUAAGAAUUGAAAGGCUUGUAAUCCAAAGUUGCUUUGUACGGACCUUGCAAAUUGAAAAGAGCACAUCUAAGGAGCCAGACAGUUUUGAGCAGUGGAUUGAAAGAGAUCUAGUACACACAGAGGGGCAGCUUCAAAAUGAAGAAAUUAUGGUUAUGAUUAGUAAGUCUCUGCUGAAUAUUUUGUUUCAGGAACCUCUAAGGAUCAGAGAAGCUCACAUCAUUAUAGACCAUUUGGAAAAUAAUAAGGGGGUUGGGAGGCUGAAUAUCACUCAUCAUUUUAUCACCCUGUCAUAACAGCUUUUUCUAUAUCUAUUUUCUUCUAGUUAUCAACCAUGUGCUUCGCAUAUAGUUAUAAUAGUAAUGUAUGAACAAUUUUGUAUCAUUUUUAAAACUUACUAUAUACAAGCUUCAUAAUUUUAAGAUUAAACAUAUGCAAAUAGGCAAAUGCUAACUAAUUUCCCUUUUCCUCCCUCUGUCAUAAGUACUACUACAAGGAACAUCUUAUGCAUGUUCCCACUACCACGAUCUUCACCUUUUUAAUUAUUUCACAAGAUUAGAUUUCAGAGAAUGAAAUUACUAGGUUGAAAGAUAAAGACAUAUUUAUAGCUUUUUAAUAUAUUGCCAAAUUGCUUUCCUGAAAAAUUACAUAAAUGUAAAAGUAUAGUAAUGUUUCAGGGUAUCAUAUUCUGAGGCAUCUUUAACUAAAAGAAAUGUUUUGUUAUGAAAAAUACUUUAGAAAAACACUUUGAAAAAAUUGAUCAGAAAUGUACAGUUGUAGCCUGGCCAGUGUAGCUCAGUGGUUGAGCAUCAACCUAUGAACCAGGAGGUCACAGUUCGAUUCC